AUGGACUCCCAGAAUUACCUGAAAACCGCAGACAUCUUCAAAUGCAAUGUCGACCAAUGCAAUCACACUAGCCGAAUUGCCGGAGCUGCUAGAGAUCGUCCAAGAUGUAAUGAUCCAAAAAUGGAAUUUCCAAAUCCUUCAACUCUUCAGAACUUCAAAUGUUUUGUCAAAAGCUAUGCAGGAACUUGCGAAGAUCAAGCAAACAACCUGAAAAUUAUUGGCAACUUAUUGAAAGAAGAUCGGUACUUUGAGAACAACGAUCAACGAAAACAAGAACAAGUUAACAUUAUCCAAAACAUGUUUGACGGAUUCAAAUACUCUGCGCCACUGCUAAAGAACAUUUUUUCCUUGAGCAUUCCAAUCAAUGUUGAUCAUGAUUAUCCAUUACCAUAA